AGGAAGCCGUGCGAUGAAGGACGAAGGGAGAGGCGGCGGUGAUAUGGGAGCAGGAGCGCGAAGGACGCGAGCGCAUUGCAGGACGGAAGAUUGAGCGAAGGACCAUGAAGGGCGGAGGAAUGGGCAAACUUGAGCGCAAGGAGAUACCAGAGGAAUGGACGAGCUUGAAGCAAGAAAGUACCAGGAAUGAGGAAAUUUGAGGACAAGGGGAUACCAGGAAUAGACGAGCUUGAAGCAAGAAGGUGUCAGGAACGGACGAGCUUGAGGAGCAAAGAGGUCGCUAGGAGGAUAGGGGAGAGCCGCGGACGAAAGUGGGAUUUUUGAAGACAUUAUGGGACGAUGAGUGGACUGUUCGCCGUGAGGGAGUCAGCAUCCUCUAAACAAGUCGGUAUCAAUCCCAAGCAAGACCUACCCAAUGGAUACCGCUCCAAGGCGACGCCCUACCCCAUCGGGUAGUCGUCAUGCCACCGGAAUUAAUUAAUCCGAGACAAGAUUUGACGGUAGAUCCUAAUCAUGGCCAGUCAAGGACGGGUAGUCGCUUGGGGGAGUCCACUAGGAGCCAUGGACUUUGGACGGAGACGAAUGUGACGACAGAUGACGAACAACCUGGAAUGGAUGACGAGCUGAGUUCUGCAUGGUAUGAUUGUCAGCACUCAGUUUCUCAGACCGACCGAAAGAAUCAGCCUUACCUGAAGGAUGCCGCGCCCCUGCUUCGCCCUACCAUCUUUAGUGGUAGUCGUCGCGCAGCCAGACUAUCUGGCGACACGAAUUGGCGGAAUAUCCGGUUCAGAUCAGUUGGGAGCGAAGCCGUAAAAAGAACAUCAAGCAAAACUCACCUGAAGGAUGCCGCACCGAUGCGUCGCCCUACCAUCUUCUGUGGUAGUCGUCGUGCAGCCAGCAUCAGCCAGCGACACGAAUUCGCGGAGUAUCCGGUUCAGGCCAUAGCAAUCGCUCCCAAAGUUCCAUUUAGGAACGUCCGAUUGGUGUUCGAUAGUCAUCGAUGACGAGCUGAGUUCUGCAUGGCAUGAUUGUCAGCAUUCUGUU